AUGCCGACUCUAUCCUUAAUCAACUUUAACAUUGUCUGUGCGACGCUGGGGGGAUUCAUCUCUCUCUUUGGUCUAGUCUCCUAUCUAUGCAAGGAGACCUUUUAUUUGUCCGAAGCAUUAAUCUCAAUGCUGGCUGGCAUCGCCUUCUCUCCCCAUGCAGCCAAUUUCAUCAGACCUCUCGACUACGCUCAGGGGUCGCAACAAAACCUCGAGACUAUCACUCUGUACUUUGCUAGGCUGGUACUGGGGGUUCAGUUGGUCCUCGCCGGGGUGCAACUGCCCAAACGCUAUCUGCAGAUCGAAUGGAAAAGUCUGUCCUUGCUGCUAGGGCCCGGUAUGGCUGCCAUGUGGAUCUGCAGCAGUCUUGUCAUCUGGGCGAUGAUCCCGAACCUCCAGUUCCUCCAUGCGCUGAUUAUCGCCGCCUGUAUCACUCCGACCGACCCAGUGUUGUCCAACUCCAUCGUGAAAGGGAGGUUCGCCGAUAAACAUGUCCCGCGCCCAUUACAGAGGAUCAUCAUUGCAGAAUCCGGGGCCAACGACGGACUUGGGUACCCGUUCCUCUACUUCGGAUUGUACUUGAUGAAGUAUGUCGGGAUGGGCGGGGCAGGAACCAGUGGCGGUGCCGCAAAGGCAUUCGGGCUCUGGUUCUCCGAGACUUGGUGCUAUACCAUCCUGCUGAGCGUCGCAUAUGGUGUUGUCGUCGGCUGGCUUUCUCGGAAGCUCCUGCACUGGGCCGAAGAGAAGCGCUAUGUAGACCGCGAGAGCUUUCUGGUCUUUGCCAUUGCACUUGCACUCUUCAUUAUCGGAACCUGUGGAUUGAUAGGAACUGAUGAUCUUCUGAGCUGCUUCAUCGCAGGCAAUGUCUUCACUCAAGACGACUGGUUCCGCAUUGAAACCAUGGAUGAUUCGCUACAGCCCACGAUAGAUAUGCUUCUGAAUCUUUCCAUCUUUAUGUGGUUUGGCGCAGUAUGUCCCUGGUCUUCGUUUGCACAAAACGAUAUCAUCCCGAUAUACCGACUCGUCUUCCUGGGGGUUCUGAUCCUCCUUGUCCGCCGGAUGCCCAUUGUGUUUGCCAUGCAUAAAUAUAUCCAUCAGAUCGAGCAUCUGUCACAUGCUGCCUUUGUGGGAUUUUUCGGGCCUAUCGGGGUAGGCGCCAUCUUCUACCUCUCCGUUUGUCGAGAUUUUCUGCAAUCAAUCACUGUGGACGGCCAGGUCCGCGAGGACGCCCAAAGGGUCUCGGACGCGGUCAAUAUCGUUGUGUGGUUCCUGGUCAUUUGCAGUAUUAUUGUGCACGGCCUUUCUGUCCCCCUGGGCAAAGUAGGCUAUCACCUCCCCCGUACCAUCUCCCAGGCACUGAGCACCCCCUCAACCAUUGAACAUAACGCCGUCCGAAUCGCCCAUAUCCAACACACGCGCAGCACCGCAACCCCGGAAGUGGAUCAGAGCACCAGUCGAGGCCGCAAGCGCGGCGCCCAGACAGCCAGCAGUGCUCCAGAGGCGACUAUCUUCCGCGGCAAUGGGCAGCCGGGACCCAACGACCCCGAAGAGCCGGAGAGACCUGUCCGCCUCAUUACACAUGGGACCGAGCAAGGCGUUGUCUUUGCUGAUGAACGCCCGUAGCUCAAGGAAAUGAUUGUCGUCCCCCUUUUGCGGCUUCAUGCAGAUACUAGAGAUACAUACUAAAACUUUUCAUGUUGAUGCUCUAUCUCAGCGACAAGACAUGGAUUUCGGGUGAUUUUGGACUGUAUAUGCGCUCGAAACGAAAUAGAACGAUCUUUCUGAGAGGCUACAAGACUAUUUAACUACUAUAAAGAUUCAUCAGGAAUAAGAGGUUUUUGAUUGAAACCCUAGAUUUGACAAAGUCUUCAUUUUAUUUUUCUUGAACACGCUUUUCCUCUUCCUUGAUCUUCAUCCUGCCUUGCAACAGGAAGAAGACAGCCUCUCUCUUCUCGUAACUCCAUCCAUUCCCUUAUUUUCCGAUGACAUGAGAAUAUCACACUGUCCUCCGCCCUAGCCCUUCCUCAUCGAUUAAAAAGAGUGAUACAACAUAAAAGAAAAGAAAGAAAAGGUAAGAUGAUCAAAACCGAAGUGAGACCUAGCCGGUCUCGCAAUGGA